AUGAACAUUGGAGAUGAAAGAACCAGUGGUGAUUGCAAAUUUAUAAAAGAUGAACAAGAACAUAGACAAGAACAAGAACAAGAACACGAACAAGAGCAAGAGCAUGAACAUGACAGGGAAGGAGAGCAAGAGGAGGAUAAUGAACCCGUUACUUCUUUGAAAGAUCUAAAUAUAUCAGACAAGAAGAAGCUAUCAUCAAACGUUAUACGCGGGAGAAAGGCAAGUACUUAUUUGAGAAUAUUCAGAGAUGACGAAGGGUUAACGGAUAACAAUAUACAUAGACAAAUCAUCAAGCAACAAGAGCUGAAUGCAAGACAAGAACCGCAACCAGUGCCACAGAAGCCACAACAGGAGGUAGUUGUACAUCCUCAGCAAGAUAAGAAAACAAAGAAACCAACAUCUUUCUAUGAUACUAAUUACAAGUUUUCCAUUAAGCCUGAAGGGAAAUCUUCGAGAUCUCAAAAUCCUCUAGCGUCGAAGCCUUAUGCAGUAGCGAAAUAUUUGGAAUCUGCAAUUUCUGAACCGAAUAAACAACAGCAGCAACAGAUGCAACAAACCGAUUUGGGUUUAAAACCAGUUUCAUCGGCUACAUAUUAUCCGCAUAAAUCGAGGGGUUCUACGCGGUCAAUAAGUGAUGAAGAGCCUGGCGAGGGGACUGCGAUCCCAGUUGUCCCAAGAUUUCAAUAUAAAGGUACGUCGGUUGCUGAGACCGAAGCGACAACACUAGCAUCGAUUACACACGACCAUGUGGCGCAAUCACCGGAUGGACGAGCUUCAGGUUCAAUUUCAGAAGCAGCUGUGGAAAGUGAUGAAGAUUACUACGAUGAUAAUGAGGAAGAUGAAGAAGAGAAAGAUAGUGUUUAUCCUUUAGCCGUUGAACUACAGCCUUUUACCAAUAACGUUGGCGGUCACACUGCGAUCUUCCGUUUUUCAAAACGCGCUGUUUGCAAGGCUUUAGUCAAUAGAGAGAAUCGAUGGUAUGAAAAUAUUGAAGUUAAUCAUAAAGAAUUGUUACAAUUCAUGCCUCGUUACAUUGGCGUGUUAAACGUUAGACAGCAUUUCCAUAACAAAGAAGAUUUUUUGAGAGAAUUAUCAUCUUCGCAAAGGCAUAAACAAGAGCAUAGGGCAUUUCCAUCAUCACGGUGUAUUAAACUGUACCAACAACAACGGCAGCAACUGGAGAAUCAAGACCAGCAGCAUCAACAUCAGCAUUAUGAUCAACAUCAGCAACAGCAGCAGCAGCAACGAGGACAAUACCUGCCACAAUUUCAACAAAAUAAUUGCUCAAGAAGCAUUUCUUGUAAUAGUAGCAGUGAAAUGGGUGGGUUACCUGAAGUGGUUCUUAGCGAUAAUAGACACAUGGUGCCGGAUUCCAUGUUAAGCAUGUAUCCAUCCAACUUAUGCAAUUCCUCAGGAACAGGUUCUUUUCUACAGUCAACAGGCGGAUCGUCUGGUAAAGAAUCAUCGGGUUCCACUACGGUAAAUACCAAAUUGAAAGAAUUAGUACUACAGGAGGUAUUUGCGCUUUCACCAGGAGAGCAUGAUAUAAUAGAAGGUCAUUUGAAAAAGGUAAGAAGACCAUCAUCAAUAAAGAAAAGUCGUUCAAGUUCUCAAGAUUCUUCGUCACAAUCAACCUCAAGAAGAGGCUCUAAUUAUUCUUUGAAAAAUGUUCCAAAUCAAGGUUCAGGUUCUCCUCUUUUGAAGAAAUCAAUUAGAGAGACCAUUUCUCACUCUUUGAAUAGUCCAAGUUCAAUGAUGGAUUUGAGACAAUUUCAGAAGAAGGAACUGGUCAGGGAAAAAUCACAACUAAGAAGGGCAAGCUUGUCAUCUUCAAAAGAUGAGAACAAUCCUACGAUCUCGCCAUUAUCACUACCGAGAGACCAUCCAUUAGUGGAGGAGUUUGCAGUGGAAAAUGAGGAUGAUACAAACUUCAGCCUUGAUGGUAAAGAAAAUCAUACUAAUACUAUCAGUACUACUAAUAGUGACAUUACUAAUAAUACUAGUAGUGCCGGUAGUACUAGCAAUACUAGUCAUCUCGCAAAACCAAGUCAAGGUAAGCAUAACGAAUCAAUUACUUUUGAAGAACAUUCCGAUACUGUUGUAUCAAAAUUUAUAUUAUUGGAAGAUUUAACAAGAAAAUUGAAUAAACCUUGUGCUCUCGAUCUAAAGAUGGGAACAAGACAAUACGGUGUAGACGCUAAACCAUCCAAACAACAUUCACAACGUAAGAAAUGUUUAAAGACAACUUCUAAAAAAUUAGGAGUUCGUAUCUGUGGUCUAAAGAUUUGGAAUCAAACUUAUUACAUCACAAGAGAUAAAUAUUUCGGUAGAAGAGUACAGGCUGGUUGGCAAUUUACAAGAGUCUUAGCGAGAUUCAUCUACGACGGUCUUCAUAUUUCAAGUGUCGUUAGACAAAUCCCCAGGUUGACCAAACAAUUAGAUACCUUAGGUUCAGAAAUUGCCCAUUUAAAAGGUUACAGAUUAUACGGAUCAUCACUUCUUUUAAUGUUUGAUGGCAAUGAUUCAGGUAACAAAAGAUGUAGGGUUAAAGUGAAUCUGAUCGAUUUUGCCCGUUGUGUGACAAAAGAGGACUUAAAGGAAAGUUACGAUUUAUUCCGUAUACCACCAAAGAAUCCUGAUGUUGAGGAUCGUGGAUUUUUAAGAGGGGUUCGUAGUUUGAAAUUUUACCUGAUGCUAAUUUGGAACUAUUUGACUAACGACGCUCCACUUUGUAACGAUGAUGAAGAGUUACAAACAUUUUUACAAGAGAACGUUGAAAAAUUCGACAAACCAUGGGAUUGGUUGGAUGAGUUUGAUGAAGAAGAUGAAGAAGAAUUUAAUAGUCCAACCAGUCCAUUGAGGAAAAAAUGGAGAAAAUACGAAUUAAUCUUCAACACGGAACCAAGAUUCACUAACGAUGGAGAGAUGAGCGAUUAA